UCUGAAACCCACUUGCAAUUGUUCCUCUUUCUUCUCCUUCUCAGUUUUCUUUUACCGGAAUUGUCUCAAAAUGGCAGAGGAGAAACCGAAGCUCGUCGCCGGCGUAUGGCCCACCGUUAAGCCCUUUGUCAAUGGCGGAGCCUCUGGUAUGCUUGCUACUUGUGUCAUCCAACCCAUCGAUAUGAUCAAGGUGAGAAUCCAACUGGGUCAAGGAUCUGCCUUUGCAGUGACAAAGACUAUGCUAAAGAACGAGGGUGUUGGCGCCUUUUACAAGGGUUUAUCUGCUGGUUUGCUUAGGCAAGCUACAUAUACGACUGCGAGACUUGGUACAUUCAGGAUUUUGACAAACAAGGCACUUGAAGCCAAUGACGGAAAGCCCAUUCCUUUAUAUCAAAAAGCUUUGUGUGGGCUAACAGCCGGAGCCAUUGGAGCAUGUGUGGGAAGUCCAGCCGAUUUAGCACUGAUUCGUAUGCAGGCUGAUGCCACCGUGCCUGCUGCCCAACGCCGUAAUUACACAAAUGCAUUUCAUGCCUUGUUCAGGAUUACAGCAGACGAAGGCGUCUUGGCUCUCUGGAAAGGUGCCGGUCCAACUGUCGUAAGAGCAAUGGCACUAAACAUGGGAAUGCUUGCCUCUUAUGACCAAAGUGUCGAGUUCUUCAAGGAUAAUAUUGGUUUGGGCGAAACUUCUACAGUCAUAGGUGCGAGUACAGUAUCAGGGUUCUUCGCUGCAGCCUGCAGUUUGCCUUUCGAUUACGUGAAAACCCAAAUACAGAAGAUGCAGCCAGAUGCAGAGGGGAAAUACCCUUAUACCGGAUCGUUAGAUUGUGUGAUGAAAACCCUAAAGUCGGGUGGACCCUUUAAAUUUUACACGGGGUUUCCAGUAUAUUCUGUCAGGAUUGCCCCUCACGUCAUGAUGACAUGGAUCUUCCUGAACCAAAUUCAAAAACUGGAGAAGGCAGCUGGGCUGUAGGUUUUACUCGAACUAAUAUCGUGUGUUGUACUUGUGGGAUUCGUUUAUUGGUGAUCGAGUCGGAGAUUUCUUCCGAAUUACUAGAGAAUUAAUGUUUUUGGCUGUAAAAAAUAAGAAUGUUUGAGGUAGAAUUGGUUCAGAUGAUUGCUGAGAUCUUGGUCUUGGGUUAAGUUUGAGCAAAAAUAAGAUGGAUGUGUACCCUCUUCCCCCCUCUGCUCUUGUGCACUUAAACACUGGUUUAG